AUGGCGCAGCUGUUAAACAACUCCAACAAUGCCAAUCAAAUAUCUGAAAAGCGAUACAAGCAGCAUGAGGAGCGUUUCAUGGCUCAAGAAGGGGAAAUGCGGAGCCAGAAGGCUUCAAUUCAAACCAUUGAGAAUCAAGUCAGCCAAUUGGCCAAAAUGUUGUCUGAAAGACCACAAGGUAGUCUUCCAGGUAACACAGAACCAAACCCAAGAGGGCACGUUAAUGCAGUAACGACGAGGAGUGGUAAAACCACGGGACCUGACAAAUCGGACUCACCACCGAUCACUGAUACGGUCCAAACUGACGCUUCAGACGAGGUGCACGCUAGGCGAGUCCCAGCAAGUACAACACAGUUUCAGGAGCCAGUUAAAGAUUUCAUUCCUCCUAUUCCAUAUCCGAGCAGAUUGAAGAAGCAAAAGAACGAUGAACAACAUGGUCCUGAUCAAUUUGUGGAGAUUGACCGUGAAGUUGAAGAAAAGUCCAAACCAUCGGUUGAAGACCCACCGUCGUUGGAAUUAAAAGAACUCCCACCGCAUCUCGAAUAUGCAUUUCUAGACGAGGAGUGUCACUUACCAGUCAUCAUUUCAGCAUCCUUAACAAAAGAGGAAAAGAGACAGCUUCUCGAAGUUCUAAAGCUCCAUAAAAAGGCCAUGGCGUGGAAGAUUAUGGAUAUAAAAGGCAUCAAUCCUUCUCUUUGUACGCAUAAGAUUCUCAUGGAAGACAAUUACAAGCCUAGUGCACAACAUCAAAGGCGAUUGAAUCCUAACAUGCAAGACGUGGUGAAGAAAGAAGUAAUUAAGUUGUUAGAUGCAGGGCUGAUUUAUCCUAUAUCUGAUUCUGUUUGGGUAAGUCCAGUGCAAGUAGUACCCAAGAAAGGUGGUAUUACUGUAGUUCCAAAUGAUAAGAAUGAACUUAUUCCUACCCGUACCGUCACCGGAUGGCGAGUUUGCAUCGAUUAUCGCAAACUCAACGAUGCCACCCGUAAGGACCACUUCCCGUUUCCAUUCAUCGACCAGAUGUUGGAACGUCUGUCGACGAAGUCAUUUUUCUGUUUUCUGGAUGGGUUCUCUGGAUAUUUUCAAAUUCCUAUCGCUCCUGAAGACCAGGAGAAGACUACUUUCACAUGUCCUUUCGGCACAUUCGCCUACCGGCGUAUGCCUUUUAGGCUAUGUAAUGCACCAGCCACAUUUCAGUGCUGCAUGGUAGCUAUUUUCCAUGACAUGAUUGAAGACUCCAUGGAAGUAUUCAUGGAUGAUUUCUCUGUUUUCGGGAGUUCUUUCGAUCAAUGUCUUGGAAAUCUGAAAAGAAUGUUAAUGAGAUGUGAGGAAACUAAUCUUGUGCUUAACUGGGAGAAAUGCCACUUCAUGGUGAAGGAAGGGGUAGUUCUCGGACACAAAAUCUCUGAAGCUGGGUUGGAAGUUGAUCCAGCAAAAGUGGACAUCAUUUCUAAACUUCCUCCCCCAACCUCGGUCAGAGCGAUUAGAAGUUUCCUGGGUCAUGCAGGGUUCUAUAGGCGAUUCAUAAAAGACUUUUCAAAAAUCGCAAGACCUAUGACCCGUUUGUUAGAAAAAGAUGCUCCAUUUGUAUUUACAGACGAAUGCAUGAAAGCAUUCAAGCAACUUAAACAAAGGCUUAUCGAAGCACCUAUUUUAGUUGCACCCGACUGGGCGUUGCCAUUUGAGAUAAUGUGUGAUGCUAGUGAUUACGCAAUAGGAGCAGUCUUAGGACAACGAAGGGAGAAGCAUUUUCAUCCUAUUUACUAUGCCAGCAAAACUUUACAUGAUGCUCAGGAAAAUUACACGACCACCGAAAAAAAGCUUUUGGCAGUAGUAUAUGCUUUUGACAAAUUCAGGUCGUACCUUGUGUUGUCCAAAACAAUUGUGUAUACGGAUCAUGCAACAAUUAAAUACUUUUUUAGCAAACAGGACGCAAAACCGCGCCUUAUCAGAUGGAUCUUGUUAUUACAAGAAUUUGAUAUUGAGAUCCAAGAUAAAAAGGGAGCUUUAAAUGUUGCAGCCGACCAUCUCUCGAGACGUGAGCAUGGACGUUCUGAAAAUUCGUUGGAAGAACCAAUAAAUGACAAUUUCCCCCACGAAUUUCUUCUAAGUAUCGAGAUGAAUGACGAGUCACCUUGGUUCGCAGACUUUGGAAACUACCUAGCAUGUGGAAUCCUUAUUAAAGGAUUAUCAUAUCAGCAAAAGAGGAAGUUCUUUGCAGAUUUGAAAUAUUAUAUUUGGGACGAACCAUAUUUGUUUAGAAUCGGAGCCGAUCAGGUGAUCCGAAGAUGUGUGUUUGGAGAAGAGACAGCUAGCAUUCUGCGCCACUGUCACGAGGGGCCAACCGGAGGUCAUCAUGGAGCAAACUACACUGCAAAGAAAGUGUUAGACUCUGGAUUUUACUUGCCCACAAUCUUUCGUGAUACACAUGAAUGGGUUACAGCGUGUGAUGCUUGCCAAAGGGCAACGAAUAUCUCCGCACGCAAUGAAAUGCCUCAGCAUCCAAUGCAAGUCUCCUCACGAGGUAACAAGUACAUCCUAGUUGUUGUAGACUAUGUCUCAAAAUGGGCCAAAGCUCAAGCUUUGCCUACAAACGAUGCUAGGGUAGUCGUGAGAUUGGCUAUGCCAUAUCAUCCUCAAACGAGCGGGCAAGUUGAGGUCACAAAUUGGGGUUUGAAAAGAAUCAUGAAGCGGUCCAUUAAUAAUAACCGCAAGGAUUGGUCAGACAAGCUAGAUGACGCUCUGUGGGCCUUUAGAACAGCAUUCAAGACACCUAUCGGUACCACACCCUUUAGGUUGGUUUACGGGAAAGCCUGCCAUCUACCUGUCGAGCUAGAACACAGGGCAUUCUGGGCCUGGAAGACGACAAAUAUGGAUUUAAAAAGCGGAGGUGAAUCCCGUUUUCUGCAAAUCCACGAGCUUGAAGAGCUAAGAAACCAUGCCUAUGAAAGUUCUAGCAGAUUCCUCCACUUCAGCGAGAACAAAGCGAGAGAACAGCCAUGUAUUGCCAGACUAGAAGCAUUAUGGAAUAGACGGGGACAAAUCGGUGAACCAAGAAGGAUCAACUGGGAUACUCUGACAGCCCUGAACCAAGAAGAGAGGCUAUCUAACAUGAUGUCACAUCCGAUGUCAAGGUUAUUCAACAUUGCACAACCCGUUUAUCUUGAACUAACAUUGGAAUUCUUUGCUUCAUACACUUAUGACAAGCCAAGAAGCGAGAAUCCGGACUUCAAAAACAGAGAGACAAUACAGUUCAGGUUUGGGAAAAGUGGCACAAAUGGUCAGUUGCUAAACUUGGAAGAAGAUUGGGGAUAUACUCCUCCGAAGACAUCGAUUCAGAGCUUUUCACCAAUAUCUACAAGUUUGCUAAUGAUCAGCAACGGGCCAACUUUUGGGCACAAGUGGCAGUUGGACCACCCUAGGAAGCUAGGAAAGCUAAAGUUUCACGACUACGAGACCCGCUUCUGA